AUGGAGGGCGGUUUCAAGGUAGGUAUCUAGAUCCCCAUUUCCGAAUCCUAUCAUCCUCUGACCAGCCACAACUAGGAAGCCCAAGACUCCAGCAUCUUGCUCCAAGAAGAUGACCCCGAGAUCGUCAAAUUGAUGCUCGAGUACCUCUACACAAAAGAGUAUCAUGCAGGACCCUCCAAACAAUUCCAGACCCAUGUCAAGGCGUACGUUCUCGGCGACAAGUACAAUAUCCUUGAGUUGAAGACGUACGCAGCGGAGAAACACGUGGAACUCAUCCCGCAAAUUGGAAAUGAUUCUAUAACCAACUUUACGGAAAGCUUUCGGCUCCUCUACGCCUCGACUGUAGAGAGCGACCGCCUCCUCAAGGAUAUGAUUAUCACAACUACCGCGAGUAACUUGAAGGCAUUUGCUUUGCAUAUAUGCAACACUUGUUUCUGA